AAGUUCUGCAUGCAGGAAACAUUUUGGAAAAAUGACUAUUCUACAAACAAUGGCAACAUAUGCCACCCUGUGGACUAUAUCCGAUUCAGUGGAGCAGAAAUUCAUCAGCAAGAAGGAACAGAUGGAUUACCAGAAGUCUGUCAGGAUGGUGACUGUCGGAACUUUUGUUGUAGCUCCUCUUGUGUUUUCUUGGAUGUUCAUAGCGGAGCGAAUGUUUCCUGGGCGAACUUUCAGAACUGUGGCAAAGAAGAUGAUAACUGAUCAAGUUGUCUUUGCUCCAUUUGCCAUAACAUCAUUUUAUUUUUCAACUUGUAUGCUUGAAAGAAAGUCCUUUCAACAGUUUAAAGAGGAAUGGUUCAAGAAAUUUCCAGUCACUUACAAGACUGGUGUCAUGUUUUGGCCAUUUGUGCAAGCCGCCAACUUCUCACUUGUUCCAUACAAACACAGGGCUAAAGUGAUUGGUUGUGCUUCUUUUCUAUGGUCCAUGUUCCUUUGUUAUGAGAAAGAACCUUCCAAGGAGGAAGCUGUUCAAAAAGAGAGUUGAUGUUAAAGAGAUAUAGAAUUGAUGUUUAAUUUAGUAGUAAAGAAAAUGAUUGUAAUUUGAUUCUGUGAUAUAAGGUUUCUGCUUUUUCUUAUAAUUAUGUAAUAUACAUAUUUUAUUUAUUAUGAAAUUUUUAAUUACAAUGACCUAUACAUGUAUAAAUUAUUAUAAGAAUUUUCUUUUUAUAUAGUAGAUAUAUGUAC